AUGUUACGAAACCUUUUACUUGGUAUCGCUCUUCUACAGGCAGUCUCUGCCAGCUACAUUCCUUCGCAACAAGAUGGACCUCCUCCCAGCACUAUGGAUCCCCUUCAACUGUCUUCCACUUUCUUGCCAUUAAGAAAAUUGCGUCAGGCUAUUGACGUUACUACCCCUGAAGUCAAAACCACAGCCACUGGAACUCCUGCGGCCACCACUGUUCCUGGAGUCUCUGAUGUAACCACUCCUGCGGCCACCACUGUUCCUGGAGCCUCUGAUGUAACCACUCCCGCUAUUUCCUCCUCUCCUGGCAGCCCGAUAGUCACCGAAUUCACCACCGUUUCCUCCGUCACCGAGGUCACGGCAACAACCAACCAGGUCAACUCUACAGUAGUCGCAAACGUCACAGUCAGCCCAACAGGCAACCCUGGUGACGUGAAUGCAACUACGCCAAUCUGCGAACCUCCGACUGUCCCACCGAUCAUCAAUAUCACCAGACAACCCAACGUCACCGUCCAGGUCACCACAGAGAUGGUCAACAGCACCGUUCAGGUCACCACGGAGAUGGCAAGUAGCACAGUUCAGGUAACCACGGCGAAGGUCGACGUCAGCACCACUCUGGGCGUCACAGACACAAAGCCAACCACUGCCAUCAGCGGACCUGCUGUGGUUACCACUCCUGUGAAAGGCCGUCUCAUUAUUCAAGAGGCACAAACAUUCCCACCACGCCUACCACCCACCCCUCUGGACGUCAUGGACACAAAGCCGACUUAUGAACCAAGCGGACCUGCUGCGGUUACCACUCCUGUGAAAAAUCGUCGUCUCAUUAUUCAAGAGGACAGACCACCCCGACCACGCCCACCAUUCCCACUACCCUACCCUACGGACGCCACGGACACUACCAUCAGCGAACCUGCUGCGGUUACCACUCCUGUGAAAAGCCGUCUCAUUAUUCAAGAGGACCGACCACCCCGACCACGCCCACCAUUCCCACUACCCUACCCUACGGACGCCACGGACACUACCAUCAGCGAACCUGCUGCGGUUACCACUCCUGUGAAAAGCCGUCUCAUUAUUCAAGAGGACCGACCACCCCGACCACGCCCACCAUUCCCACUACCCUACCCUACGGACGCCACGGACACUCCCAUCAGCGGACCUGCUGCGGUUACCACUCCUGUGAAAGGUCAACGUCUCAUCAUUCAACAGGAACAAACACCCCCACCCUUUACCUUCUAUAGGUCAAGAAUGGUACGCUCCCUGUCUGCCAAAUCCGACGAUAACAAAAUGUUGUUCUUCCCAACACAUCAGAUGAGUCCCGAAGAAUCUGACGAUUCCCUGGAAGACUACUCUGCCGAAAUUGAACUCCUCUGA